AGAUUCAUAUCAUUUUUGAAAUGUUCACCUUUCGCAAUCUAACAUUGCUUAAAGUAUUUUUUUUCCUUCCUGGUAGAGUCACUUUAAUAUAGUGUAACUGCGUGUAAGAUUAUGAUUUAAAUUGGCAAAACCAAACAAAAUGACGACGAACAUUCACAUUACCCAGUGUCUCGUAAUUAUGAGUAUUAUCUGCAAUCAUGUUUUAACAGAUGAUUCAACCCUAAAAUUGAUAAACAUGGUUUUUCGCCAUGGAGAUCGAACUCUAGAAUUCCCAUAUGAAUCGUACCCAAAUGAUCCUUAUAGAAAUUAUAUACCGGAUCCACCAGGAAAUGGAAUAUUAACGAAAAGUGGCGAAUUAAGAGAAUAUAAUCUAGGUAAAUUUCUUCGUAGCAGAUAUGAUAAUUUUUUGGAACCUAAUUACGUUCCUGGAUCUGUUAAAGCUCAAAGUUCAGAUGUGAAUCGAACCAAAGAAUCUCUAAAAUUGGUUCUAAAGGCUUUGUAUCCAGAUGCUAUAAUACCUACAACAUUUCAAUUGAAAAUAAAGGAUUCAUUAUUUUUCCCACAAUUAUGUCCCGGGUACGCUAUAGAAUAUUUAAAAGUAAAGGGAAAGUCAGACGUGAAAGAAGAGAUGGCGAGGUUGGAACCUUUUAAAAAAAAUCUGUCUAAAUGGACAGGCAAAAAAAUUAAUUCGGCACGUGAUAUGUUCUUUAUUUACACAACUCUAGAUGUUGAAAAACACAUGAAUCUUACAUUGCCAUCUUGGACCAAGGAUAUUUAUCCAGAUGGCGACCUGUUAAAUGCAACUCUUCUUCAAUAUAAGAUAAUGAAUUAUAACGAAAAAAUGAGAAGGCGAAAUGGAGGAAUGUUUAUCCGCAAGUUUAAAGAAGACAUGUUAUCUGUUAAGGAUGGUUCAAUGGAUACAAACCGAAAAAUAAAUUUAUAUAGCGGUCAUGAUGUCAACAUUGCAGCAGUUCUAAAAGCUCUUGAUAUUUACUAUCCACAUUUCCCAAAAUUUUCUUCUGCUGUAAUUCUUGAAUUACAUUUUAUAGAAAAAGAUUUUUAUCUCAAGGUGUUCUAUUACUUGGGAAUACCAGCAGAGUUAAAAGAGUUACAAAUUCCGGGAUGCGAAAGCUUGUGUCCAUUAGAUCAAUUUCUUAUUCUAAUGAAAAAUGUAAUACCGACUGGUUUUGAUUUAGUAUGCAGCAAAGUUCGAGCUUUUUUAGUACAAAUUAAUAAGACCGAAAAAAUGUUACCAAAUUUAUGGGUCCUAGGCCUUACAUUUAUAACUAUUGUAUACCAUCCUGUUUUGACUGAUGAUCUAACACUUAAGUUGGUCAUUGUGGUUGCUCGUAAUGGAGAUCGACAACCAGAUUCCACACAUGAAGGUUAUCCAAAUGAUCCUUAUAAAAAUCUAAACUUUGAUGGACAAUUAACAGAGAGUGGCAGAAAAAGGGAAGAAUAUUUUGGUCAAUUUCUUCGUGAAAUAUACGAUGCUUUCUUGGGACCAUACUUCCCCGGAUCUGUCGACGCCAGAAGCACAUUCGAGAAUCGUUCAAAAGAAUCUUUAAACUUUAUUUUAAAGGGUUUAUUUCCGGAAACGGCGAUACCUACAAAAUUUGAUACUAAAUUCAAAGACACCCUGCUUUUCCCACAAAUAUGUCCCGAAUACGAAGCAGAUUAUUUGCUAGCAAAGCAAAACGCUGCAAUGAAGAAAGAGCUGGAACAACUAGAAGAUUUCAUGACAGAACUAAGCACAUGGACAGGUAAAAAGAUAGAAUCCGCGCUUGAUAUAUACUACCUUUACUCGACUUUGGAAGCUCAAGAAUUUAUGAAUCUUAAACUACCAUCAUGGACUGAAGGUGUCUAUCCAGAAGGAGAUCUUUUAAAAGGAACCGUUCUUGAAUUUAUGAUACAGAAUUAUGGCAAAUCGAUGAUAAGACGAAAUGGGGGUUGGUUGCUCAGACAAAUGAUAGAAGAUAUGAAUUCUGUCAGAAAUAAUACAAUGGAUCCAAACAGAAAACUAAUAGUGUACGCUGUUCAUAAUUCUAACAUUGUAGCCAUUCUGAAGGCUUUAGAGCUAUUCUAUCCUCAUGUACCCAAAUUUUCGAGUGCUAUAAUUGUAGAGCUACAUCUUAUAGAGGAAGUUUAUUACAUAAAGCUUCUUUAUUACUUGGGCGUGCCAGCGGAGAUAAAAAAAUUACAAGUUCCUGGAUGUGACUAUUUCUGUUCAUUAGACAAAUUUUCCAAAAUAAUGGAUGAUGUUAUUCCAUCUGGCAUUCGCUUGGCAUGCGAAAAAAUUCGAAAUACAUUUGGUGGUUAAUAAUUUUGCAAAAGCAAUUUCUGGUAACGUGGGAACAUUCAAAAUAAUAUUCUUCUUAUAAAUUAUAAUUAAGAUCUUCAACAAUAAAUUAUUUCAAAUCGUUUUCAAAAAUAUGAAAAAAGUCAAGACUGUUUUCAAUGUAUGUAGUUUCAAGAUGCAGUGAUUCAUGUUGUAUUUAAAUAAAGAGACAUAUUAAAAUUAUUAUAAAAAA